CUGCCUUAGGCGCCCAGCUACCGACACACACAGAUCCGAAUCAUCGCGUCAUGGAUCGAUUCACUUUCGUCACAUCAUCACAUUUCUUUCUUUCUUUGUUCUUGCUUCGUAAUUUUCAGACUCAUAUCUACUGCAAUUAUUACUCUAAAUACGUUAAACAACAUCACAAGAAGAACAAGUAAAAACGUUCACGCCACAAUUUCAUUCUUCUUCCCUCGAAAAGCAGUGGAAUUUGUUCAUUUUCUUCUUCUUCUUCUCCUUCAAUUUGUUGUUGAUGCGGCCGGCAAUAGCACGGGGAUUCUGAUGAGGCGACGGUCGUUUGAACCUCGAAACAGAACAUCCAAGAGAAGAUACUCAAAGCUGGGAUGGCUGAUAUUUUGCGCAAUCUUGACCCUUCUCCUCCUAGCUCUCUUCAGUCGUAAAAACCCUUCUCCUUCUACGCCUUCCUUGCUUCAGGGAUAUAAUAGACAAAACAAACUUUUGGAAGCUCUGAAUGUCACCGAUGAAAUGUUAAGCCCUUACUCAGUAGCAAGGCAAAUCAAUGAUCAAAUCUCUCUUGCCAAAGCCUUGAUUAUAGUUGCAAAAGAAAGCAACAACCUUCAGCUUGCGUGGGAGAUGAGUGCCAAGAUCCGUAAGUCUCAACUUCUCCUAUCAACUUCAGCCACUAGGAACAGUCCCUUAACAAUGAAGGAGUCAGAAACAGUGAUCCAUGAUAUGACACUCUUGCUUUGUCAAGCCCAACAACUUCACUAUGAUAGUGCAACAAUGAUUAUGAGAUUGAAAGCCAAGAUUCAAACUCUUGAGGAACAAGUACAUUCCGUGACUGAGAAGAGCUCUAAAUAUGGACAAAUAGCCGCUGAGGAAGUUCCAAAGAGCCUCUACUGCCUGGGCGUCAGGUUAACCGUUGACUGGUUCAGGAACCCACAAGUGGGGAAGCAUUUGGUUGCUGGAAAGCUUGAGGACCCUAACCUUUAUCAUUUUUGUGUGUUUUCUGACAAUGUACUAGCAACUUCCGUCGUUGUGAACUCUACAGCUUCAAAUGCGAAGAAUCCCAAUUCCAUUGUCUUCCAUAUUGUGACGGAUGAAGUAAACUAUGCCCCCAUGAGAGCUUGGUUUUCUAUGAACUCAUUCCGUGGUGUGACAGUGGAAGUUGAGAAAUUUGAGGAUUUUGUUUGGCUAAAUGCCUCUUAUGUUCCUGUUCUCAAACAGUUGAAAGACUUAGACACCCAAAACUAUUACUUCUCUGGGAGUCAUGGUAAGGACAAGACUACCCCUAUCAAAUUCCGUAACCCAAAGUAUCUUUCGAUGCUUAACCACCUUCGGUUCUAUAUUCCAGAAGUUUUUCCGAAACUAGAGAAGGUAGUGUUUCUUGAUGACGAUGUUGUGGUUCAAAAGGAUCUUGCUCCCUUGUUCUCUAUUGAUCUGAAUGGGAAUGUGAACGGAGCCGUUGAGACUUGCAUGGAGACCUUUCAUAGAUACCACAAAUACUUGAAUUACUCCCACCCAUUGAUCCGUGAGCAUUUUGACCCGGAUGCCUGUGGAUGGGCGUUUGGAAUGAAUGUUUUUGAUUUGGUCGAGUGGAGAAAGAGGGACGUGACCGGAAUAUACCACUACUGGCAAGAGAAGAAUGUUGACCGGACACUGUGGAAACUGGGGACCUUGCCACCUGGACUUUUAACAUUCUACGGGUUGACUCAAGCUCUGGAUCCCAAUUGGCAUAUUUUGGGACUGGGAUAUACUAAUGUUGACUCGCAGUUGCUCGAGAACGGAGCGGUUCUGCAUUUCAAUGGGAAUUCCAAGCCAUGGUUGAAGAUCGGGAUGGAGAAAUACAAACCAUUGUGGGAUAAGUAUGUUGAUUAUUCACAUCCCAUAUUGCAGCAAUGCAAUGUGCAUUGACUUGGGGUAUGAUGUUGGUUAGUGUACAUUCAUUCGUAUGAUGAGGUAUUCUCACUUGAUUAUUAGCCUAGAUCAGUACGGGAGGGUCGAAACAGAUUUUGUUGGAAACACGUUCUUUUUUUGUUGUACCUUAGAAUUAUUCAAAAAAUUAUUGAAAUGUGACUCAGAUAGAUUUAUGAGCAUAUGUAUCCCGUUUUGAAGUACGGGUAGAAGUGGCAGAUGCCUAUCAUUGAUGGUCUUCUUUGAUGGUUGAUCAUAUUUUUAACUCCUUUCAGGUUCAUAUUUGUUUGUGGCUAAACAGAAGUUUUAAUCGCUUUUUUGUACUGAAAUUCUAUGCAAAGUUCUUGCUGAUGUGUGUUUUUACGUUUGUAAACAUCAUUCUGAAUGGUUGAC